AUGGAGAUGCUAUAUAUUUUAAAGGGCUACGAAUACUUAAUGAAAUGGAAAGGAUGGUCUCUGGAGACGUCCACGUGGGAACCUUCACAAAAUGUAUCGCCAGAUCUGUUGAGGUAUGUUUUAUAACCGAAAGUUCUGCUUAUAGUACCUUUACCAAGCAAAAUAUUAUGAACUGAAUUUUUUUUAGAUUAUUUCUUAUGCUCUGUUGGUAUUGGUAUUAUUUUUAAAAAUGAGUUCUGAUUCUACUCUACAUUGAGCAUGCCUGGAAAAGGAGAAUUUUCAUCUUGACAGAUACAAAAUUCAGUUUGGAUCUUGAUUGUUGUAGCUGAAAGUCGGGAAUGCAACUUGCACAAUAAUAUUUCAUUUUGGUCUCAAAGAAUUUCGUCUUGACCCAGCACUCCUAGGAGGCUUUUCUACAGGCAUGACAUUGAACACAGUAAAAAUGCAGUUCAACACACAAGUUUUACUGAUUAAUUUCAAUUUGCAGAAACUAUGAGGAACCACCAAUAACGAAUGAGACACUGCAAGUGGCAUCCUCGCAAUUUGCCUGUGGUGUCACUAGUGCCUUUUGGAGUCGACGAUCAGCACUGGUUUAUAUCACCAUCAAUUUAGAUGUGUGGAGAUAUGUGGUAUUUCAAAAAGGGGUUCCCUCUGAACACCGUGGUCAUCAUUUGUUCGAAAUGGAAGACUUUGGUUAA